CAGUCGCCCAGUGACUGUCGAGGCGCGAGGAUAGGUUGGACAGGCGGCCAGCUCAGCCCUGAGCGGGUCCAGUGAACUGUUAGGGCCGCGACCAGUCGGCCAGUUGGCCCCGUGUGCUACUAACCGGCCGAGGUCACCAGCGCCGUACGGCCAGUGGUUGUGAGGCAGCUGUGGUGAGCACGGUCGGGCUGAGAUGGCACGAGCGAGGUGGACCGGACCGCCUCUGCUGGCUGGACUGUUCGUGGUGCUGACAGUUCUGGAUGCGAUCUCCGGAGCCCCUGUCACCCGUCCGGACUGUCAGGAUGGACCGUCGGCACCUCCCAACAGAGUUGAUACGUCUGAACGGCUACAGAGACUCCGGGAGGUGAUGGCGGACUCGCGGUACAACAUCGACGCCUACAUCGUGCCGAUGGACGACGAGCACCAGUCCGAGUAUGUGUCUCCCCACGACGCCCGCAUCGGCUUCAUCAGCGGCUUCAGUGGCUCGGCAGGACUGGCCAUUGUGACGAAGGACAAGGCGGCCCUGUGGACGGACGGCCGCUAUUUCCUGCAGGCCGAACAGGAGAUGGACUGCAACUGGGAGCUGAUGAGGAACGGAACUGAACCCAAGCCGCCUUCGGAGGUGCAGUGGCUGACCUCGGAGCUAUCUCGGGGCAGCUCUGUGGGUGCCGACCCGCGACUUCUCGCUGCCAAGGACUGGCUCUACAUCGACAGCCAGCUCAGAGCGGAAGGGAUGCAGAUGAAGCUGGCCUACGAAAACCUGAUUGACCUCAUCUGGACGGAAGGGCGCCCGCCUCUAUCAGAUGAGCCGAUUGUAGUUCACAAUCUGACAUACGCCGGUAAGACCUGGGAGAGCAAAGUGGAGGAGGCGCGGGACUACAUGCGGGAGGAGAAGGUGGAGGUAUUGCUCGUCUCGGCACUGGACGAGGUCGCCUGGCUCUUCAACCUGCGCGGAAACGACAUCCCACACACACCCGUUUUCAAGGCGUAUGCAGUGAUUGACUCCGACAGCGUCCAUCUGUGGGUAGACCCCGACAAACUGACGGACGAAGUGAGACAGCACCUCAGAGCUCCCGGAUGUCAGAUCGGGGAUAUGUGUGUCACGUUGCAUUUUUAUCAAGAAGUGCUUCACAACUUUGGAACCUACAUCCGGCAGAAGUGGAAGGGAAAGAUUCUUCUCCCUGACGAAUCGACUUUUAUUGAUAGUGUUAGCUUUUCUUUUUACAACCAGGUUCCAGCCUCAAGGUUGGUGUUUGUCGAGUCUCCGAUUGUGCGCAUGAAAGGAAGGAAAAAUGAAGUCGAGAUUGCGGGGAUGAAAGCUGCCAACAAGCGCGACAGCGUAGCUCUCUGCGAAUUUCUGGCCUUCAUGGAAGAGGAGAUUCACGCUGGCAAAGAGUGGGACGAAAUAUCCGCUGCCGAAAAACUCAAGGAAUUCCGCGCUGAGCAGACGCUGUUCCGCGGGAUUAGCUUCGAGACCAUCUCAGCCUUCGGAAGCAACGGUGCCGUCAUCCACUACGCGCCGAGUAACGCCACCAAGCUCCCCAUAGACACCAGCUCCACCUACCUGCUCGACUCCGGAGGUCAGUACCUGGACGGUACCACAGAUGUGACCCGCACCAUGCACUACGGACAGCCGACCGAGUUUCAGAAGGAGGCCUACACCCGCGUCCUGAUGGGAGUUAUUGACCUGGCCACAACAGUGGUCAAUAGAAAGAUCACUGAUACACAGCUGGAGAUUGUGGCUCGCGAGCCACUGUUCAGAGCUGGGCUGAGCUACCGACACGGCUCCGGACACGGUAUCGGAUCCUAUCUCGGCAUCCACGAAGGUCCCAUUAAUAUUUCUUUCAGGAACAAAUUGCCUCAUGUUUUUGAGCUAGGACAGUUCCUGUCUCAUGAGCCUGGGUUCUACAAAGAUGGGAGCUUUGGCAUUCGUCUAGAAAAUAUAGUGUUGGUAAAGAACGCCGAAACUAAGCACAAUUUUGACGGGCCUUACAUGACAUUCGAGCCGGUCACCCUGGUGCCGUUUGAGCGCGAUCUCAUUGAGCCAGAUUUGAUGACCGUGGACCAGGUGCAGUGGCUGAAUGAGUACCACCAGCUGGUAGAGCAAGAGAUGGGCGCCGUCCUGCGACAGGGGAAUCGGCAGAGGGCUCUGCGCUGGCUCACAGCCCGCAUCGCUCCGAUAAAGCCGGCGAAUAUGACGCCAUCUGCCUGACUCGGGAAAAUGACUUUCAGCUAGCAGCACUGCCGCUGCUAAUUACCUGGAGUCUCAGCUGAUAAUAAUACUCUGCGUUCUGCUGUUUAUUUUGAGGCUUGUGUUUUAUUGUGUCGCCUCAACUUCAUAUUUGUAGAACGCCAUUUGUUGCUAACGAUGAAUUCUUUUGUUUGUGAACUCGGUCAUUUUAUGAACUAAGGGGUUAACAUUUAUUCGAGGCUGUGUCUUUUAAUUUUGAUUCGAAUCAUCCCUAACCUUUCACAUCCGUCCGUCGUUUCCAUCCUCAGGACUUUCAAAUCCUCCUUCUCCACGCCGCAGCCCUCGGUCUGGGCUGGAUAGGCAACUUUAUCUCAUGCGGGCUGCUCCCUUGGAGCGGCUCCGCUGCUCCCAAGGGAGCACACCCCUAGCCGGGUGCAGUAAGUACUUGGGGACUUGGGGGUGGGGGGGGGGGGCUGGUCGGCCUGUCCUUUGGGACGGACUCAGCCCCGGUGACUUACUAGGAUGCCUGCCCAGGCCAAUGUCUCCUCCCUCUUAAUUCCUAUCAUCCUUCCGGCUCUGAAAUGGUCUUGCCAGACCGAAAGGGCCUAACCCAACGAAAAAAAAACCUUACCUUUAGCUCUUUGUGAUAUUUACUUUACUUUGUUUAUCCAACUGUACUGGCGAGCAGUGUGUUUUUACGAACUCAAUCAUCUUAGUAUAGAAUAUGCCUGUAAGUUUUAUGAAAUAACGUUUUCUGUAAUAUACUGUUACUACGAAAUGCGAAGUCUUUAGAUGUGGACGCAUUCUCAACAUCGAUCGCUCAUCGAACUUUCCAAAGCAUGAUUUAGCCUUGAGCAACGAUGAGUAGGGUUCACUCAGUUACUACGCGAAUAUCGAUAUAAUUUUCAGUGUGUAUUGGUCCCAAGUCAC